CAAGUAGAAAGGCCAGAAAAAUCAUUUUCCGUCACGACAAAAAGUGUUUUGUGUUGUUAGUGAAGAUUGCGAAUAUUUACAUUGCGAAAUAAAAUAUCGUGCAUAAAGCAAUAACAAUUUCCGAAUAAAAAUGAGCAUUAGCGAUAAAAACGAUGGAAUUACGCGAGAGGAGUGGCAAUCCCGGCUGGAAACGUUUCCCUUCAAACAGGACGACAUCAACAAAUUGAUAAUGAACUAUCUGGUUACAGAGGGAUUCAAAGAAGCAGCGGAAAAGUUCCAAGCAGAAUCCGGUGUGGAACCCUCGGUGGAUCUGAGCUCGCUUGACAACAGAAUAUUGAUACGGGAAGCCGUGCAAAAUGGACGAAUACAGGAGGCGACCCACCUUGUCAACCAGCUGCACCCGGAACUGCUGGACAACGAUCGCUAUCUCUACUUCCAUCUUCAGCAGCUGCAUCUCAUUGAGCUGAUCCGAGCGGGAAAAAUUGAGGAGGCACUAACCUUUGCGCAGACACAGAUUUCCGAAGCCGGCGAGAGCAAUCCAGAGGUACUGAACGAACUGGAGCGAACUCUGGCAUUGCUAGCGUUUGACAAACCCCAGAACAGUCCGUUCGCCGAUCUGCUGGACCAAACGCACCGGCAAAAGGUGGCCAGUGAACUUAACGCAGCUAUUCUCAAGAUGGAACACCAGGAACAGUCCAGCCCGAGAAUGAUCAACGUGCUCAAGCUGAUCCUCUGGGCCCAGGCUGAACUGGACAAGAAGAACGUGAAGUAUCCGAAAAUGGUCGACCUGGCAACGGCUACUAUUGAUCCUAAGUAAGUGUGGUAAAAGAAGGAAUUAAUAUAUAUUAUACUUAUGUGUAACAAUAAUCUGCAGUCGUGCUUUUUCCCUUACAUUGGAUCAGAUACAAAAAAAGUUUAGGAAAAUGUGUGGGCCCAAGCAAACGGAAUGACAUAUGAUAGAUCAGUAAAAAUGUUUCUGCAUGAAGAGGAUUUAGUUUGUCUACAUACCAAGCACGUUGAAGCUUAGAUUCGUUUUAGUUGUGUAAAUGUAAUAUCUCAGAUGAAGCUUCACUAUGAUGAAAUAGAUUAUUAUAUUUUAAUUUUUGUCCGUACCGUUUUGUUACUAAAAACCAACUAUAAUUCCACUAACCGUGAAAAGUACGACUGUCUUAUGCUGAUACAAUUGUCAAUGAUAUAAGAAUGCAAAUAUACAGUAAGGAAGUGUUUCGGGUUUCA